UGAGAACGUCUCGUUCCGUUUUUCUGAUACGACCGCAUUGCAACAAAGUUUACAGUAGCGACGGCCGGGGAGACUUGAGUUUUUAAACAUUGUAAGAUGAUGCAUUUCAACAAACCGUCAAAACAGUUUUAGUUCUUUGUUCGACGCGUUUUCUGGAGACGACAAAUUAGUUGUGUUUAGACGAGGAAAUAGCUCAGUUUUACAUCAAGCCCCCAGUGUAGUGUGCUAUUUUUCUAGCUCAUCGAUCGUUAAGAGGCUUGUUUACUUAUUUUUGGAGCUCGUAAAGGUAACCUGUCGGGGGCAGGUUGGCUUUAAAUCAUUUUUAUUCUGUUUUCAAGACUCGACGUGUCAUUCAUUUUGUAAAAUUGGACUGUCGUAUGGUUACUCGAAAAUGAAUGUCUCAAAAAGUGGGUAUCGUGUCUUCUCUGCAAACUCGACGACCGCAUGCAUCGAACUCGCCAAGAAGAUUACAGAACGUCUAGGUGUCGAGUUGGGGAAGUCAGUGGUUUACCAGGAGUCCAAUAGAGAGACCCGAGUGGAUGUUAAGGAGUCGGUCCGUGGUCAAGACAUCUUCAUCAUUCAGACCAUCCCCAGAGAUGUCAACACGGCCAUCAUGGAGCUCCUGGUCAUGGCCUACGCUCUGAGGACGUCCUGUGCAAAGAACAUCAUCGGGGUCAUCCCCUACUUCCCUUACAGCAAGCAGUGCAAGAUGAGGAAGAGGGGCUCCAUUGUCUGCAAGCUGCUAGCGUCCAUGCUAGCCAAAGCGGGGUUAACGCACAUCAUCACCAUGGACCUCCACCAGAAGGAGAUCCAGGGCUUCUUCAGUUUCCCCGUGGACAACCUGCGUGCCUCCCCUUUCCUGCUGCAGUACAUCCAGGAGGAGAUCCCAGAUUACCGGAAUGCAAUUAUUGUUGCAAAGUCCCCAUCUGCUGCCAAGAGAGCCCAGUCCUAUGCCGAGAGGCUUCGCUUGGGCCUGGCGGUGAUGCACGGAGAAGCCCAGUGUUCGGAGUCCGACAUGGCUGACGGCCGACACUCACCCCCCUCGGUCCGCACAACCUCCGGACACCCUGGUCUGGAGCUGCCAGGGAGACUCCAGGCUCCAUUCCCUGGCAUUGAGCUUCCAAUAAUGAUGGCCAAGGAGAAGCCGCCCAUUACAGUUGUGGGAGAUGUGGGCGGAAGGAUCGCCAUCAUUGUCGAUGACAUCAUAGAUGAUGUGGAGGACUUUGUGGCGGCGGCAGAGAUACUGAAGGAGAGGGGGGCGUACAAGAUCUACAUCAUGGCCACUCACGGCCUCCUCUCGGCCGAGGCCCCCCGACUCAUAGAAGAGUCCGCCAUCGACGAGGUGGUGGUGACCAACACCGUCCCUCACGAGGUCCAGAAGCUGCAGUGCCCCAAGAUCAAGACGGUGGAUGUCAGUAUGAUCCUGGCCGAGGCCAUCCGACGCAUCCAUAACGGGGAAUCCAUGGCCUACCUGUUCCGCAACAUCACUGUGGACGAUUGAGUGGACAACAUGCACGCACGCACACACACACACACACACACACACACACACACACACACGCAACACACACACACCCUCAAAGGACCAAGCAGCCCCAAGGGGGUUUGUCCAAAUUAGGACAUGAGUCACAAAAAAAAAAUUGGGACCGUAGUUCUGUGUUUUUUCUUUUAUUUGUGUUUUCUUUUCACCUUUUUUUGUUGUUGUGUGUGUCAGAUAUUGACUGUUACAAAUGACAAGCUGGAACCACACUAGGGGGGGGGGGGUAGUAAAGUGUCAGUUUUUGCUGACCCAAUUCUUUCAUUUGCAUUCAAGGUAUUUCAGUGCAACAGAUGGGGAAAUACAGUAUGCAACCAUGCUU